CCUCACUAGGCAGUACGCACCAUGUGACACGGACUCCUCCGAUCGUCAUACCGACUGGCCGGGGAUCAGCUGAUACGUCCUGGGAUUUUUUUUAGCAUAAUCGUGACUGCGGCAACUGAAGCACAUCACUGCCCUGCUAUCCUAUAGAAACCUAUUCAGCGAGGGCGACUCUGUAACUGCAGGGCCGAAAUUGCACGACGUUUUAUUCCCGGCGAUCUGAAAUCCUCUAAGCAGCCGCAGCCAUGGCGCUCAGCGAUGCCGACGUACAGAAACAGAUCAAGCACAUGAUGGCUUUUAUAGAGCAAGAGGCCAAUGAGAAGGCAGAGGAGAUCGACGCCAAGGCGGAGGAAGAGUUCAACAUCGAGAAGGGCCGUCUGGUGCAGACCCAGCGGCUGAAGAUCAUGGAGUACUAUGAAAAAAAGGAGAAGCAGAUCGAGCAGCAGAAGAAGAUACAAAUGUCUAACCUGAUGAACCAGGCACGGCUGAAGGUGCUGAAGGCCCGUGACGAUAUGAUCAUGGACAUGCUGAACGAGGCUCGGCAGAGACUGGCCAACAUUGCCAGAGACCCAGCACGCUAUGCCGUGCUGCUGGAUGGGCUGGUGCUGCAGGGUUUGUACCAGCUUCUGGAACCCAAAGUUGCCAUCCGCUGUCGCAAACAGGAUGUGGCGCUGGUGCAGGCUGCAGUACAGAAAAAUAUUCCUGUCUACAAAUCUGCUGUCAAGGACAACAUCGAGGUGCGCAUUGACAAGGACAACUUCCUGUCACCUGACAUCUCUGGGGGAAUCGAGAUCUACAACGCAGAUGGGAAAAUCAAGGUGUCCAACACCCUGGAGAGCAGGCUGGACCUCAUGGCCCAACAGAUGAUGCCAGAAAUCCGAGUGGCUCUGUUUGGGAGGAACCAGAACCGCAAGUUCUUGGAUUAACAGACUCUCUUAUCAGAAAGGGCGGUGUUGUUUAAAGCACAGUGACUAAAAGAAAGUGAUGUUUUUCGAGGUAUCGUUUUCGAGGGCCAGGGUUCUAUUGCCCGUGUAUGUUCGGGAGGGACAAAAGACAUUCCUGAAUGGGAAGCAGGUUCUGUCGUUUGCUGUUGUUAUUUGUGUGUGUGUGUGUGUGUGUGUGUGUGUGUAUGUAUGUGUGUUGAGGUAAAAUAAAUGUGGUUACCUUCAUAGCUACCCACGGCACAGAGCUGGUAGACGUGUUGGUUUUUUGAGGCGAAGGGGAGUCCAGAUUCUGGAUGCCUCCUUAAGUGUCCUGAAGCCUGUGUUGAAUAUCGACUGGCUGUUCUUUGCCAUCCCGUGUAAUUUCACUGUAACUCCUGGCGAUACCAGGCUGCAUGGUAACAGAAUAUUAUUGAAUAAUAGGGAUUCCCUUCGGUAUAAAUGAAUGUCCUUCUGCGUAACACAGUAUCCUCUCCUCUGCUGGAUGAAUCCUGACCCAGCUCCGGUGCGGUUCGUUAAACUAAUUAUUUUAUAAAACGAACGACUGCACCACCAAUGAUGAACCAGCAAAUACUCCAGUCAGCUCUCUAUAUAUAUUUUUUUUCGAUCGUCAGUAUGUACAGUCAACCCAGCUGUGUUAUAAACUGGUAAAAUACAAGAUUUAACCGCCUUCGGGAAAUGUGAUAUUAGUGAUCUAAGCACCAUGUGACCUACAUCUGUCUGUUUUCUGUAUUGUACCGUGUAUUUGUGGAUAUUUCCUGUAUCCUAAUGGCAGUAGGAUACAUUGUUCUUGUCCUGUUAUCCUGUUUUUUUUCACACUUUUGUUGCUUAUCUGGUAUUUGUUGAGGUGGAAAUAACAACAUAUUUAUGAGACAA